AUGGAGCCGAAAAUAGGGUAUGAUAAUAUAGAACAAAAAGGUUCGAUCAACGAUGUCAAUACCGACUAUAGAAUAUCAAUUAUUCUAUCAAUUAAAAACAUAACAUUGGUGAGUGAUGAAUUCUAUAUGUCUUGUUUAACAGCAGUACUCUAUUGUAAAUUGAUCAAUUACAUGUUUCACGAUUUAACAUAUGAUUACUCUUACCUUCACAUCAUCCAUGAUUUAUUUAUAUUUAUUAUGGUUUACUGUCCACUCCUCCAUCGUUCUAAUGGAUAUGCACUCACCUUUUAUUAA